GCGCGCGCCGGAAGCGCGUCCCCCUCGGCCCGGCCAAGAUGGCGGCGGAUGCCGCCACAGAGCUGCUGUUCUUGGACACGUUCAAGCACCAGAGCGCGGAGCAAAGUACCAAUAUUGAUGUGGUUCGUUUUCCAUGCGUGGUUUACAUAAAUGAAGUCCGAGUCAUUCCUCCAGGAGUGAGAGCUCACACAAGUUUGCCUGACAACAGGGCUUAUGGAGAGACAUCCCCGCAUUCAUUUCAACUGGACUUGUUUUUCAACAAUGUCAGCAAACCAAGUGCCCCUGUUUUUGAUCGGCUGGGAAGCCUUGAAUAUGAUGAAAACACUUCAAUUAUUUUCAGGCCCAAUGCAAAGGUCAACACGGAUGGAUUGGUUCUGAGAGGGUGGUACAACUGUCUGACUUUGGCAAUAUAUGGCUCAGUUGACAGGGUAAUAACUCAUGAGAGAGAGUCACCUCCGCCACCACCCCCUCCGCCUCCACCUCCCCAACAACAGCCUGGAUUGAAAAGGAAUCCAAAACAUGUUGAUGGAGAGAAAGAAGACCAAUUCAAUGGCAGUCCUCCAAGACCACAGCCCAGGGGUCCAAGGACACCUCCAGGCCCUCCUCCUCCUGAUGAUGAUGAGGAUGAACCUAUGCCAGUGUCAGUGGUUGGGGAAAAAGAAGAUGAUGUGGACCAUAGGGAGGAUUACUUUGAGCCGAUUUCUCCUGAUCGAACAUCCAUUCAUCAAGAAAGCCAGUAUUCGGAUGAUGGAGAAGUAGAGGAAGAUCAACCAGAAGAAGGGGAAGAUGAUGAUGAUGUGGAUGUUGAGGAGGAGGAGGAUGAGGAUGAUGAUGACGAUGAUGAUGAUGAUGGUCAUACAGUAGAGAGUAUUGCUGAUGAGGAAGAAGAGGAGGAGGAGGAAGAUGAUGAAGAUGAAGAAGAGGGCGAAGAGGAGGAAGAAGGUGAUGGAGAUGAUGGCUAUGAGCAGAUUUCAAGUGAUGAAGAUGUAAUUGCUGAUCUAGAACGUGAGACAUUUAAGUAUCCAAGCUUUGAUAUUGAAUAUACUCCUGAGGAUCUGGCAUCUGUGCCUCCUGUGACAUAUGAACCUUUUGAAAAGGAGCUUGGACCGCUUUUAUACUUCAGCUGCCCUUACAAGACUGUAUUUGAAAAUGAAGUUGCUAAAAUAAAGGACCAAGACACAGAAAAAGAAAAUUCUGGGGCAGUGGAAGGCUCAGUUAAAUUAACUGAACUGUUGGAAUUAUAUCAAGAGGAAAGGGGUGCAAAGUGGGUCACGGCAUUAGAAGAAAUUCCAAGUUUGAUAGUUAAAGAAUUGAGCUACCUGCUGGUGAAAGACACAAAGCAAGACUAUAUUACCCAGCUAGUAGACUGGACCCUGCAAGCUUUAAACCUUCAGGUGGCUCUCAAACAGCCCAUUGCUUUGAACGUUCGACAGCUCAAAGCUGGGACAAAAUUGGUGUCUUCAUUAGCAGAAUGUGGGACUCAAGGAAUAACAGCACUCUUGCAGGCAGGAGUUAUUAAUGUGUUGUUUGAACUGUUGUUUGCAGAUCAUGUAUCAUCGUCCCUUAAACUUAAUGCUUUUAAAGCUUUGGAUAGUGUCAUUAGCAUGACAGAGGGAAUGGAAUUGUUUUUAAGAGGUGGCACAGAUGUACAUGAAAAAAGUGGUUAUCAGAAACUCCUGGAACUCAUACUGUUAGAUCAGACUGUGCGAGUUGUAACAGCUGGUUCUGCAAUUCUCCAGAAAUGUCACUUCUAUGAGAUUCUGUCAGACAUUAAAAAGGUGGUAGAUCAGUUAGCAGAGAGCACUCCUCCUCUUCCUAAUCACACAGAGCCAGAACAGGACCAGGACUUGGCAGGACUUGAAAGAACCAACCAAGAAUAUGAAAAUGAUGUGGAGGCUCCUAUGGAUAUGGAUCAUCUUUUGGAAUCUUCUAAUAUAAGUGAAGGAGAGAUGGAAAAACUUGUUAGUCUUCUUGAAGAGAUCUUCCAUUUGAUGGAAACUGCUCCUCAUACAAUGAUUCAGCCUCCUGUGAAAUCUUUCCCAACCAUGGCACGCAUUACAGGCCCUCCAGAAAGGGAUGAUCCUUACCCUGUCCUGUUUAGAUAUCUUCAUAGUCACCAUUUCUUGGAAUGCAUUACUUUGCUACUGUCUCUUCCAGUGACAGGUGCACAUCCAGGUGUGCUUCAGGCUAUCCGAGAUAUAUUGCGUUUCCUGGCACAGUCACAGAAGGGUCUUCUUUUCUUUAUCUCUGAGCACGAAGCAACAAACUUGUUGGUUAGAGCACUUUGUCAGUUUUCUGACCCAGAUCAAGAGGAAGGUCUGCAGUCAGAUGGUGCCAAUGAGGAUACUUUUGCCCUGUGGCUCCUCCAUUCAACACAGACGUUACAGUGCAUUUCGGAAUUGUUCUGCCACUUCCAGCGUUGCACAGCCAGCGAGGAGACUGACCACUCAGAUCUGCUGGGAACACUUCACAACCUUUACUUGAUCACCUUUAACCCUGUAGGAAGAUCUGCUGUGGCUCAUGUAUUCAGUCUGGAAAAAAAUCUCCAAAGUCUUAUUACUUUAAUGGAGUACUAUUCCAAAGAAGCUUUAGGAGACUCAAAGUCUAAGAAGUCAGUGGCUUAUAAUUAUGCCUGCAUCCUUGUUUUGCUGGUGGUACAAUCUUCCAGUGAUGUCCAAAUGCUGGAACAGCAUUCAGCACCUCUGCUGAAGCUUUGUAAAGCAGAUGAAAAUAACACCAAGUUGCAAGAGCUCAGCAAGUGGCUUGAACCUUUGAAAAAUCUUAGAUUUGAAAUAAAUUGUAUUCCAAAUCUUAUUGAAUAUAUCAAACAGAAUAUUGACAGUUUGAUGACUCCAGAUGGGGUUGGUCUUCCCACUGCACUUCGUGUUCUCUGUCAUAUUGCAUGUCCACCGCCUAUGGUAGAAGGUCAACAGAAGGACCUUAAAUGGAAUCUUGCAGUUAUUCAGCUCUUCUCUUCCGAGGGAAUGGACACCUUCAUCCGGGUGUUACAGAAGCUGAACAGCAUCCUUAUUCAGCCUUGGCGACUCCACGUCAACAUGGGCACCACGCUGCACAGAGUCACUACUAUUUCUAUGGCCCGCUGUACACUGACUCUGCUUAAAACAAUGCUGACAGAACUCCUGAGGGGCGGAUCCUUUGAAUUCAAGGACAUGCGUGUUCCUGCAGCACUUGUUUCUUUACACAUGCUCCUCUGCUCUAUUCCUCUCUCAGGCCGCUUAGAUAGUGAUGAACAAAAAAUCCAGAAUGACAUUGUUGAUGUCUUACUGACUUUUACACAAGGUGUUAAUGAAAAACUUACCAUUUCUGAGGAAACUUUGGCGAACAAUACUUGGUCUUUAAUGCUGAAGGAAGUUCUCUCAUCAAUUUUGAGAAUUCCUGAAGGCUUUUUCUCUGGACUUAUACUGCUUUCAGAGUUGUUGCCUCUUCCACUGCCCAUGCAGACUACUCAGGUAAUUGAAGCCCAUGAUAUUGCAGUGGCCCUCAACACCAGGAAGCUGUGGAGUAUGCACCUCCAUGUGCAGGCCAAGCUGAUCCAGGAGAUCGUUCGCUCUUUCUCCGGCUCGUCCUGCCAGCCCAUUCAGCACAUGUUGAGGCGGAUUUGUGUUCAGCUGUGUGACUUGGCUUCACCUACUGCUCUUCUCAUCAUGAGGACAGUAUUGGAUCUAAUAGUAGAAGACCUGCAAAGCAACACAGAAGAUAAAGAGAAAAACUACACUGGACAGACCACUCGACUGCUUGCUUUAUUGGAUGCCCUGGCUUCACAUAAAGCUUGUAAAUUGGCUAUUUUGCAUCUUAUCAAUGGAACUGCCAAAGGAGAUGAAAAGUAUGGAGAGGUUUUCCAGGAGCUCUUGUCUUUGAUGCGAUCAGCUGGGGACAAUGUCACUCAUCAACAGUGUUCUGAAUAUGUAACUUCCCUUUUGCAGUCUCUCUGUGAUCAGGAUAUUGCACUUAUUUUACCAAGUUCAUCAGAAGGCUCUGUGUCUGAAUUAGAGCAGCUUUCCAACUCCUUACCAAGCAAAGAGCUGAUGCCCUUAAUUUGUGACUCUCUGAUGGAAACAUUAACAAAUUCUGAGAGCAGUUACAGUUGUCUGCUGACAUGCAUCCGAACAAUGAUGUUCCUUACAGAGCAUGACUAUGGCUUCUACCACUUGAAGAGCUCUCUAAGAAAACACAGCAAUGCUCUAUACACUGUAUUAAAGCGAGUUAUAACCAGUUUCAGCAAAGACACGGGUGAACUGGCCUCUUCAUUUUUGGAUUUUAUGCGACAGAUUCUAAACUCUGAUACGCUGGGGUGUUGUGGAGAUGAUGGAAGCCUUAUGGAAACAGAGGGGUCCCAUUCAGGCAGAACGCUGGGUCUUACCACUGCAGAGUUAAAACAUCUACUACAGAACAAAGAAGAAACCCCAGAAAGCCUGCUUCUUGAUCUGGAGAAACAUGUUAUGGAUCGUUCUAAGGAAGAUGAUGGACUUGAAUCCUUACUGGACAACAUUGUUGGAGUAAGGCAGAUGUUGGAAUCAGCAGGUGAUUCUUGUCCACUGAGUGAUCAAGAUGUUGAGCCUACUCUUUCUGCACCAGACUCUCUUCAGAAUUUGUUUAACAACAGGACUACAUACGUGUUGGCAGAUGUGAUGGAUGACCAGCUGAAGUCCAUGUGGUUCUCACCCUUUCAGGCUGAAGAAAUAGACACUGACCUGGAUAUGGUAAAAGUUGACUUAAUUGAACUGUCAGAGAAGGGCUGCAGUGACUUUGACUUGCAAGCUGAAUUGGAGAGGUCAUUUUUGUCAGAACCAUCAUCUCCUGGACGCACAAAAACCACAAAAGGGUUCAAGCUUGGCAAGCACAAGCAUGAGACCUUCAUAACUUCAAGUGGGAAAUCUGAGUACAUAGAGCCUGCAAAGAGAGCUCAUGUUGUGCCACCACCCAGAGGAAGAGGAAGGGGAGGAUUUGGACAAGGAAUUCGACCACACGAUAUCUUCCGUCAGAGGAAGCAGAACACAAGCAGGCCACCUUCCAUGCACGUGGAUGAUUUUGUUGCUGCAGAGAGCAAAGAAGUGGUUGCUCCAGAUGGGAUACCACCAGCCAAAAGGCCACCAAAAGUGUCACAGAAGAUUUCUUCGCGUGGUGGGUUCUCAGGGAACCGUGGAGGACGAGGAGCUUUUCACAGUCAGAACAGGUUCUUUACACCACCUGCUUCAAAAGGAAAUUACAGUCGUCGUGAAGGUGCUCGAGGCUCAAGUUGGAGUGCACAGAGUACGCCCAGGGGAACCUACAAUGACAGUAGAGGUGGUCAAAGCAAUUUUAACAGGGGUCCACUGCCACCACUGAGACCAUUAAGUUCAGCAGGCUACCGACCGAGUCCUCGCGAUCGUGCUUCCAGAGGCCGUGGAGGAAUUGGACCGUCUUGGACAAGUGCUAAUAGUAGUAGCAGUGGUGGCUCAAGAGGGAAAUUUGUUAGUGGAGGCAGUGGAAGAGGUCGUCAUGUACGUUCCUUCACACGAUAAAAUAAGACCCAAUGGUGGAACACCUCAACCUUGUGGACUUCUGUGAAGAUGUCAAAGAAAGCAGCGUCACUAACGGACCAAUUCAGAGCUUCUGGUAUCUGGAGGACACCAAGAGAAUAUUUUUGUCUGAAGAAAAAGCUUUUGUUUGAUACAAGAAUUGAAAUUUCAAUAAAAUUCAAGACUUUUUGUGUACAAUUGUAAAUUUUUUGUUCCUUUUGAAAGAAUGUUUCAAUUUUUUUUGUGGAUUUCAGUAGACAAUACUCAGUAAAGCACCUCCUUGAGUUAAGACUUGAAGGACUUCUUAAAUAUUCAUUGUGCCAAAAGAAAGGUGCAAGUGUUUUGUGUGUGACUUAUUACUGCAAGAAAAUUAAAAAAUAUAUAUGUAAUGAAAUUUUGUAUUUUUUUUUCUCUCAGGUUUAGAGCCAUUAGCCCUCUUUUGUUAUUUUGUUAGCCAGUCUGGGUUAUUAAUGAAUGAGGUGUGUCUGCCAGCAGGUGAAGUAGCCAAUGAUAGCAGAAUAACUGAAAAUAAUCUGUUAAAGUAUACAAAUGUAAAUGUAAUUUAUGUAGGUUUUAUUGUGUAUCUUGGGAAAUGAGAUUAGAAACUUUUAAGUCCCACACCAGGUAAAAUUUGAAUAAAAUCUGUCACUUACUUCAGGGAGAAUAAGUCAACAUUCCAUCACUUAAUUUACAACUCCAGCUUAUGCAUUCGGAGCACAGGAGUUAUUUCAUUGGAAAGCAGUAUAUACUUUCAGUUAAAAAGCAAAUACUCAUACCCUUAGAGUACCUGGAGUUAAUUUGUUCCCUCUCUCUCCUCUGCCUAACAUAGUGGAGGAGAGGCCAGAGACACCUGAGCCAACAUGUAGUCAGGUAGUGAUGUUAAACCUGGUCUAUAAAGAACUGGAGUUUUGUUCCUGUGAUUUGACUGAGAUACAGUGCAAAGAGAAAAAAGGAGGAGUAGGAAUUCAUAAAGAAAUACCACUACUCAAUUAAAUUCUGAAAAUUUUUUCAUAUUGAAUUCAGUGAAGUAAGGUUUUAUGUAUUUGCAUUCCUUUGGGCUCCAUGGGUUUCACAGAAUUAACAGAUUUUCAGUAGCCAUUGCAUUUUUGGACAGGGUGGCCUAAAAGCCACAUUCAAUAUUUGUAAAUGAGCUCCACUGUAAGACUUAGUUUGAUUUUCACUUAUGCUUGGUCUGUUGACAUUACAGAAGUGCUAUAGAGGGGUCUUACUCUACUUAAAUACUGCCCACGCCAUAUUUUAAGUGUUUCUAAAGUAUGGUUAUAUGUUAAACUAAAAUUAUUUUACCUUUGUACUGCCUGGCUAAAUUAAGUAAGUUUUUAAUUUGAUACACAGAAGACCCCUAUUAGCUGUAUUUUUCCUGUGUGGAGACUCUUGAGACUGUCCCACUGCCUGGGAGGUGAUUGAGUAACCAAUGAAAGUGAGAAAUGCCCAUGAAUUGACUGGGUGCACCUAUGGGGAACAAUAUCGGUUCUUGAAGGGUUUAACCUUAUGUAAAAUAACAUGGACAGAUUUGGAUUGGAAGCCAAAAAAUUUUCUGAAUGGUAAAAUUAGAGGGAGAUCUAAUUUUACUAAUUAUGACUAAAAUGGGUGGAGCUUUCACAGGCAUUACUGUUAUUAAUGCUAUUUUUUUAAGGAGCACUACAUAAAUAUUUUUAAAGCUGACUCACUCCUUUAUACCAUGUGUUUAAGGUGGUUUUAUUUUUUUAGAAAUUUUACUGUUUUCAAAACUACAAGGGAUAAAAAUAAUUUGGUUUCUGUCAGGGAAAUUUGAAAUGAAAAGUAAAGUGUCAAGCAUGGAAUAAAUAUGUAAAUAUCCAGUACUGAUUCUUCAGAGUUUAAAAUAUACAGCAUGUCACAUUAGUAAUUUUCAAAUUAGGAGGAAAUAAAGGGUUGGUUACA